AUGACCAGCGCAGCGGCGCACUCUCAUCCUCGCGAAAGCCGGCCACAGAAGCCGGCUCGCACUUGCGCAUCAGCGCCCAAACCCGAGCAAGCAGCAAGAUCGAGUGGUGCCGUCCCAGACCGGAUCCACCCUACCCCAGACCAGGGCACAGAAGAGCUGCACCGAACCGGCCCGAUUUACUGCUGCACCGAGCAGCAGUAA